UCCGUCGCAAGUCCCCAAGUAUACGCAAGCUUCACACGUGUGUCUGUCAAUCUCAUCUCCAGCAGAACAACACCAUGACUUCAGUAGCUCUAGUCGGCAGCACCGGCCUCGUGGGCUCCCACAUCCUCGCCCUGCUAAAAGCCUCUCCCAAAAUCACAAACAUCCACGCUUUCUCUCGUAAACCCCUCCCCUCCUCCCCAAACCUCACCACAAUACAAUCCUUAAACCCCUCCGAGUGGCCCUCGAGAUAUCCCCAAAACACAUCCGUCUUUUUCUCCGCUUUGGGCACCACAGCAAGAAUCGCAGGUGGUUUCGCCGCCCAGCGGAAAAUCGACCAUGACUUGAACCUCGCCCUCGCAACAGCGGCCAAAAACGCCGGAGCAAAAAUCUACAUCUUGAUCUCCACCUCGGGCGCCUCUCCCACCUCUAAAAUUCCUUAUGCGAAAAUGAAAGGGGAAUUGGAUGAAGCGGUCAAGAAGCUCGGACUCGAACAUGUGGUUAUCCUCAAGCCUGGAUUAUUGGUAGGGGAGAGGGAAGAUAGUAGACCGGGGGAGUAUAUGGGGAGGAGUUUUGCGAGGGCUUUGGGGUGGGUUAGUGGAGGUGCGUUGAAGGAUUCUUGGGCGCAGGAUGCGGAUGUUGUGGCUAGGGCUGCUGUUGCUGCUGCGGUGGAGGUUGUGGAAGGGAGGAAUGGGGAAAAAGUUUGGGUGUUGGAUCAGCGGGAGGUUCUGAGGAUGGGAAGGGUUUGAUGAAUAAUGAAGAGUCAGGUGCGGGUGGGUUGUGAUUUUCUUUUGGCAGGAUUGGG